CCGCAGCUGCUAUUGUGUGGAUGCCUCUCCUCUCUUCCAGAGAUGGCUAACAGGGGCCCCAGCUACGGCUUAAGCCGAGAAGUGCAGGAGAAGAUCGAGCAGAAGUACGACGCGGACCUGGAGAACAAACUGGUGGACUGGAUCAUCCUGCAGUGCGCUGAGGACAUAGAGCAUCCACCCCCUGGCAGGGCCCAUUUUCAGAAAUGGUUAAUGGACGGGACGGUCCUGUGCAAGCUGAUAAACAGUUUAUACCCACCAGGACAAGAGCCUAUCCCCAAGAUCUCAGAGUCAAAGAUGGCUUUUAAGCAGAUGGAGCAAAUCUCCCAGUUCCUAAAAGCUGCAGAAAUCUAUGGCGUGAGGACCACUGACAUUUUUCAGACAGUGGAUCUGUGGGAAGGGAAGGACAUGGCAGCUGUGCAGAGGACCCUGAUGGCUCUAGGCAGCGUUGCAGUCACCAAGGAUGAUGGCUGCUACCGGGGAGAGCCAUCCUGGUUCCACAGGAAAGCCCAGCAGAAUCGGAGAGGAUUUUCUGAGGAGCAGCUUCGCCAGGGACAGAAUGUAAUAGGGCUGCAGAUGGGCAGCAACAAGGGGGCCUCCCAGGCGGGCAUGACCGGCUACGGGAUGCCCAGGCAGAUCAUGUGAGAUGCUGCAUCCCGCCCCUCUGAUAGAGAGGACGACUGGUCCACACCACAGUCUCUGUGAAAAAGAAAUAGGUAGUCACCUGACCUUCUCCUCUUUCUCAAAGCCUCUUGUCUUUGGUUUUUGCAAGUGCUGCACUUCUGCUGAGAAUCCACGUUGCCUAUGCUACCACCUUCUGUUCAUUUAGAACUAUGCAAAGACUCCGCUUUCUUCCUCUUCCUGUUCUCCUUCUAAGGUGUCUAUUUGUUUAUUUAUUUAUUUAUUUGCCAAAAAAAUCCCCUCUUCAACUUAUAGAACACACUCAAUAAACAAUUAGUCU